GUCGCACACAAUUACGAGAACCGCGAAAGCUCAGGCGCACAAGAUAUAAUAGGGCUUCUCGGGACGCUAUAACACGCACGAAAUCCCCUCUGUCGCAAGUGCACACAAACAACUCCACUGCGAUCAUGGUACCCGAGAGCACCGGGACAGUCGACUUCACUGUUGAGUCUGAGACUUUUCAGACUUGGUACAAAAUUAUCGGCGACCUCCAAUCCGGCGUCCGUCCCUUGGUUAUAGUCCACGGAGGUCCCGGAUUUCCGCACAUCUACGUGCGUUGCCACGCCCGGCUCUGGGAGUCGAAGGGCAUCCCUAUUGUCCUGUACGACCAACUCGGCUGUGGGGAGUCCACGCGUCUCCGCGAGAAGCCAAAAGAGUUCUGGACGUUCGAGCUGUUCAUCGCCGAACUCGAGAACCUUGUGAAGAAACUAGGAAUCCAUGACAGCUUCGACUUACUGGGUCAUUCGUGGGGAGGAGCCUUGGCCGCGUCAUACGUCUUGGCGCGACAGCCUCAGGGCUUGAGGCGGUUGGUGUUGGCGAACACGUACGCAUCAAUGCGGCUGUGGGAGGCCGGAUGCCGGAGGUUGAUUGAGAAACUGCCUGAGACAGUGAGGGAGACCAUCGAGAGGUGCGAAAGAGACGGGAUGACGAAGUCCAAGGAGUACAAAGAUGCGGAGCUCGUCUUUCUCAAACGGCAUGCACUUACGUUGGACCCGAUGCCCGAGGACAUGCAGGUCACCAUCGCCGAGCUGGAGAAAGACGAUACAGUAUACUUGGCAAUCCACGGGCCCUCCGAGUUCUACUGCACGGGAAACCAGAAGAACUUUGAUAUCAUCGGCCGCUUGCACGAGAUCAAGCAACUCACGCUGGUCAUCAACGGCGCUGAGGACCAAGCGACGGACUUGUGCGUCGCGCCUUUGUUCUGGGGCAUCCCCAAUGCAAAGUGGGUACAAUUCGCCAAAGCAACCCAUCAGCCGUUUUUCGAGGAACCAGCGAGAUAUUUUGACGUUGUUGGGGAGUUUUUGAUGACGCGUGUGUAGAUGUUCAUAUCCUCCGAGUCACAUCUGAUAGAAUAUGACAUUGUCAAUGGGCUCCGGAGCAGAUAAUGUAGUACUCACCGUCUUCGUUGCUCAGACUCAGACUGGAAAAUAUCGGGUCAGAAAUUUAGACGUGCUCGACGACGUUAUAGCCCUCGAAGACGCAAUGACUUCACCGUGUCAAAGGAGUAACUUCGUGUGUCUGGAACUUGUUGGUCCCGGCGCCGCGCGGUGCGUGCAUACUGGCGGGAGUCGGAGAUUAUUGCUAGCCUGAGCGAGCUGUUAGUAUCACCUUGUACGUGCAUUCCUUACGACAGUUACGAGCCUGACGGCGCGAAAGACUCGGAUUUGAAGCUUUAAAGGACAG